GGAAGAGGGUUGCACGGACGGAUCACAUUAGUAUUCCCAUCCUAUCAAUGUGCGGGGCCGCAAGCCACGUCAGCCAGACCCAGUCCCUGCGUCUGCCAGUCCCGCCACGGAUUCAUUCGGGAUCCUCAAACCGACGAGCCGGUAGAGGCGAGGGAUCGAUGUAGCCGAUUGGAGCCAAUUGCCUGCUUCGGAACGGCCAGCCCUUCCAGGCCCGAUGACAGUGGAGGGAGGGAGAAAAGACGAAACCAGUGCCUCUGGGGGAAGACACUGAGGCAAGAGCGACACCCCUCCCACCGCCCCCCGCCUUGCAGCGCAGGCUUUGAACGCUUCCCCCCCCCCCCCCCCCCAUCUGAAUGGAAACUCGGAGCCGCCGGGCGGAGCGUUCCUUCUGGCCCAGCUUCGCGAUCCAUGCCCAGAGGAAGGCGAUGCGCGCCCGCGCCAGCGUCCAGCUCCCGGGACAGGGCCGGCGAUGCUGCUGAACAGAACUUGAUCGCGCCCCUUCCUUGUUGCUAGUGGAAGCGAUGCUGCAAGGCACAGCCAGCGCUUCCCCGGCUCUCCUUCAGGCUGAAGGUUACCCGCCCGCACAGCCAGCCCCUACCCUGUGAGCGCCGCGCCUCCGGUCCCGGCUCCGGUUUGCUUGGCGGCAGCGCGCAAGGCAACAACCGGGCCGCCCGCGCCGGGGCGCACUGCACCAGCGGCUUCGGCUUGGUGGAUGUGUAUGCAUGAGUUCUGCACUGAAUGGGCGCAAAAAGCGCCCCAGCCGGUCCACCCGCUCCUCAAUCUUCCAGAUCAGCAAGCCUCCGCUGCAGAGCGGGGAUUGGGAGCGCAGGGGCAGCGGCUGCGAGAGCGCCCACAAAACCCAACGAACCCUGGACGACUGCAAGAUGCUUGUCCAAGAGUUCAACACGCAGGUGGCCCUGUUUCGAGAGUUGGUCAUUUCCAUUGGGGAUGUCUCGGUCAGCUGCCCCUCCCUGCGGGCGGAAAUGUACAAAACAAGAACCAAAGGCUGCGAAAUGGCCCGUCAGGCACACCAAAAACUGGCUGCCAUCUCAGGCCCGGAAGACGGUGAGAUCCACCCCGAAAUCUGUCGGCUCUACAUCCAGCUCCAGUGCUGCUUAGAAAUGUACACCACAGAGAUGCUCAAGUCCAUUUGUCUGCUGGGGUCUCUUCAGUUUCAUCGGAAAGGAAAAGAUACUGGUGGAGGAGCCAAGAGUUCGGAUUGUAAAAUUGAGGAGAGUGCUGAGACACCUGCCCUCGAGGACUCGUCCUUAUCCCCUGUGGAUGGUCAGCAGCACUCCUGGCAGGUUUCCACAGACAUUGAGAACACAGAAAGAGACAUGCGAGAAAUGAAAAACCUUUUAAGCAAACUCAGGGAAACUAUGCCUUUACCGCUGAAAAAUCAAGAUGACAGCAGCCUUCUGAAUCUAACGCCCUACCCCUUGGUGAGAAGACGAAAAAGAAGGUUCUUUGGGCUCUGCUGCCUCGUGUCAAGCUAGACGGUUCUCCCGGAAAUCCCCGUCUGCAACACCCGGCAACAUCACAAAACCGGAGGCUCUCCACGCAGCCGAACACACAGAUAUUGGUUUCUGACUAUAUUUUCUAUGCUUCCCGGUUACUUUUCUCUGCCUCCCCUGCGCUUUUAGAUGAUUUUACACUUGAAAGCAGCUGGCAUCAAGGAAAAAAAAGAACAGAUUCCCCAAGCAGGCUGUUUUUAAAAGAAUUUUUACAGCUGACAUCAUGCAUGUCUGCUCUAAACAAUGCCAUGACCGAUGCAAGAAUUAGGACUUUUAAAUGAUCGAAAGGUUUUUUUAUGCAUUAUACAGAGAAAAAUGAUUUCACAUAUAUUAGUAUAUCUCUAGCCCUCGUUGAUCUCCUGUGAGAAAUGUAUCACAUAUGAAAGAGGUCUUUAAACAUAGAAAUCUAUUUAAAACUGUAAAAUUGUGCUCAAAAUGCCAAUCAGUAUUGCUAGAAACAAGUUAUAAGCUAACAUAUGCCACCUCACUUAUUGCUUUUUCUGCACUCAUUGAUGGUUAGUCUUCCAUUCUGUCAGACUCUAAGAGCUUCGACAUGAAAAUAUCUUCACUUAUAAUGCAACAAAACAAAAACAUAUAUUUGAAAACACAGUUUGUAAAUACACAGUAAUCCUAAUACCGUCUUACACUGCAUUUUGGGCAACUAAUUUCCUUCGAUCCAAUGGUGUCUUUUUCUCAGCUUCUUGGAGAAUGAAGUAAUCCCGUCAGGCAAUGGUGUAGAAACAUAUACAAACCACCCUCUGAUGUAAAAUUGAAUAUGAUCACAUUUUGUUCUCAUUGAAAUCUGAAGCAUGGUGUCUGCCCAUCAGCAUAGCGUUAACUCUUCUAGGGCAUGCUGGAAUUAGCACAGAUCGUAACAAUAUUUAACAUUUUACAUUGUUAAUAAAACUUUUUUAGUUAAGCUUGUCUCCUUUUAGAUGACUAUGCAGAUCUGACUUCUCCAGUGCGUACUUGGUGUCUUGUUCUACGCUUAGAGUCUUGGAAGCAGGACACAUUAAGCAAUACUACAUUUUAAAACAGAGGCAGCCACUGCUUCAUGUUGCUGCUUCCUCCACUAACCUUGUAACACGGUACAAAUUUUGCUCUAUUUUCCCCGCUUCUUCCUUCGGCCCAUUUCCCAGACUGAUUUCCCUCGGGUUGAGCAAUCAAGUCUGCACUUCUUGUCUUGCUUCCCAUUGUCUGAAAAACCUUCACGGUAGACACAAGGCACCAGUGUCUGGUACAGCAGAAGACGGGCUGUAUCCCUACCCAUAGUUUAUCCAAGACACGUCCUCAGUCCUAGCCCUGUACCGUCUGGUAUUUAUGUGCACAGGCAUUUAUAUACUAGUAUUUUAACCUAAAAACCAACUCUAAUAAAACUUUUAGCAUUAGUAAAGAUGAACAGAGGUACAGAUAAGCUACUCAAAUAAUUACAAUAGUAACUUGAAUCCUAUGAAACUGCUAAUAUUUGACUGUUUUGACCUAUGAAAACUAGCAAUUCCACACAGUUUAACCUAAUAGCUGGUGUUGUGAACAUUUAACCUGGAACUGUCUUUUUAGCUCUUUUCAUUGAAAGUGAAAAAUGAUUUAAGGAGUUGCUACAGAAAUCAAAAGGCUAGACAGGUCUCUAUUUAGAUCACACCAGCUUGCUGUUAGUCUUAUUCUCGCAGUCUAGAAUUGCGUUCCAAUGAACUGGUAAUCAAUGCAUGCAUCUAGGUACGCCUGGCUUCACAAACAGAAGCACACUUGACAAAUUAUGAAAAAUCAUGGUCUUCUAAAUCAAACAUUUGCAAAACAAUUGUGAGAGUAUAUUACUUAAAGACUCCUCGUGUGAAUACUCCCUUGCAGAGUAAGCAGGCACCAUCAACUCUUCUUGGUCAGCAAUGCUGAAUUUUGUAUAUCAAGUGUAUUGAAAGCUCAGUGUCCUUUUCUGAACAUGGUUCUAUAUCCCUGAGGUUUGGCUUUUCAAGUCCAGUCUUCUGAAAUUAGUAAGCGACCCUGUACAGUACGCUCUUAGCUCCCUGUUCUCUCCAUCCUUUCCACUCUAUUGAACCCUUUGCUUCAGCCAUACUCCCACCAUUCCACGCAAAGUCAUCAAUUGAUAAACCCACCCUGGGUGUUCAGCUUGUUCUUCUAAAUGCCUGACCUAAAUCCUUUCUGCUUGGUUAAUUUGUACUCACCUCCACUUUAAUCUCCAUGUGAGAAUAACAUUUACCUUCUGUGCCACUGUCCUUUGUACAACUAAAGACUGUUAAUAAAUUCAGGUCUCACCUCCUUGUCUGAGAAGGCUGUAGUAGCUAUUCACAGAGAUGGGAAUUUGUCUAGUUACCCGGCCAGAUUUUCCAUGUCUAAGAUAAUAUAUUCAUGCUCCUCAUCUUUUAUUCAUAGUGCCUAUUUUCCAGCCUUCGAUUAGUUUUUUGUAGUUCCUAUAGAUACACUCCAAGAUGUAUAGAUCUCCCUUCAGUAGCAGGUAAUCCAGUUAAAUUCAUGCUGAAGAUCCCAAUACACCUGUAAUGGGUCAUAAACAUAGUCAUCAUUUCCCAU